AUGCGCUGGAAGCAGGCCAAUAACAUUUCGUUCAAAAAACUUCACGGCGAAUCAACGUCAGCAGAUCACGGUUCUGCCAACGAAUGGGUGACAAACGUUUUGCCGCAACUUUUUCGUGGAUAUGAUCCAAAAGAUGUUUGGAACUGUGAUGAAACGGGAAUUUUCUACAAAGCCAUGCCGUCUGGAUCUUUGCGAUUUGCCGGCGAGGAACAGUCAAAUGGGACAAAAGUUCCCAAAGACAGACUCACGAUGCUUCAGUUCACAAACAUGGACGACAGUGAAAAGCAAGCUGUAGUUGUUGGUAAGUCGGCAAAACCACGCUGCUUUAAAAAUGUCAAAACUCUGCCGUUUUCUUACUUCGCUAAUCGUAAAGCCUGGAUGACUAGUCAGCUGUUUACUGACGUUAUGAAAAUGUUUGAUCGAAAAAUGAUUGCUCAAAAUCGAAAGAUUAUUCUGUUUUUGGACAAUGAAACUUACUGCCGGGUACAAAUCUGUCAAAUAUCAAAUUGUCGUUCAUGCCACCAAACACCACCAGUCUCAUUCAACCUUUGGAUCAAGGCAUCAUUCGUUCAUUCAAAGCGUAUUAUCGUCGGGAACUUGUUCGAAUGCAAAUCGCAGCGAUCAAUGCUACACCGCCAGUGCCGCUGUCCGAGGUGGCCAAGCAGAUAA